CCUCGUUUUUGAAACGUUUUUUCUGCUCUCCAAGGCUGCAAGACUGAAGUGACAAAAUAGGAGAUUUUGCUGUGUUCUGAAGAUACACGUCGCGGUUGAAGAGUCCUCGAGUACCCUGAGGUAUCUGUGUGGUUGCAAGUAUGAGUAAACGUAAAGUGCAGUUUGCGGACCGUAGUGAUGAUGAUGAUCUGGAUGACCAGUUGGAGGCCCUGGGGGGGGAGGGUGGUGGCGGGGACAAACCCAGCCGACCGUCCCGCUUCAAGGAGAAACACUCGCUGGACAGCGACGAGGAGGACAAGGAAGACGACGAUGACAAGGGACGUCUGAGCGACGAGGACAUCGAAGGGCAGGAGGACGACACCAUCAUGUUUGACGGCGACAUCCGCGUCACCCCGUUCAACCUCAAGGAGGAGAUGGAAGAAGGACACUUCGACAAACACGGGCACUUCGUCGCCGACAAGGAGGAAGAGAUCCGCGACAACUGGCUGGACAACAUCGACUGGGUCAAAAUCAAGAAGACAGAAGAGCUACAGAAAGAGAGAGAGGCCAGAGGAGGACAGGACAUGCAGGAUGAGGCAGAAGAGAGGAGUGAGUUGGAGGUGCUGAGGGAAUCACUGCAGUACAUGAAACCUGGUGAGACGGUCGCCAAGGCCUUGCGCAGGCUGGGAGGGGGGAAGAAAGUGUCGUCCAACCGGAAGUGGCAGACUAAAAAGGCAAAGGUGGAUGAUGUGAAGGAAGGAGAAAAGAAGGAGGAAGAAAAGAAAGAACCCACCGAGGAGGACAAGGCCAAAACUGACAUGUUGAGGUUGACGGAGUGCGCUGACUACUUUGUCCAGCGUGGCAACUACGAGUUUUACCAGUUCACUUACGAGAGAAUUAACUACCAGCUGAAGGGACCAACAGUGCCAGGCAUGGCUUCAGGCUCGUCCAAAAGCGAGGAGGACAUUCUAGACAUGUUCGGGGACAGUCUUGACAAGGAGAAGGGAGGCAGCGCUCAGGCUAAGAAUGGAGACACAACAAACAACUCGGAGAGUAAGGAGAAAGGAGAAGAUCCAGUGUCAGAUGAAGUGUCGUGGGAGUUCAAGUGGGAGAACCAGCCGGAUGCGGAGGUGUACGGGCCACACCCCAGCUCACAGAUGCUCCAGUGGACAGAGGAGGGCUACUUCCCUGACGGUGUGUUUGUCAGGAAGAGUGGACAAACAGAGUUCUACAACUCCAAGAGAAUAGACUUUGAACUCUACACAUAGAGAAUAGAACCAUGAACUGUAUAAAUAGAAUAGGACUAUGAACUGUAUACAUAGAGGUUACAAGUUGAAUGAUUACUAAAAUUCAGGGCUCAAAAAACUGUGUUUACAAUUACAAAUGUAGGUGGAUGAGGACUUUUUUUGCUGCAUUGACUGUUACCACCUCAAUCACUCACUCACUCAAUAUUCGCUUUAGCGUCUGUUGUUCCUCGUCUUCUGAGGGUUAGACAUGCUUGCACCGAUGACUUUUACCACCUAUUAAGUUGGUAUUACCAUACUAUAAUGGUUUCUGAACAGUUUAUGGCAUGAUCCAUACUUCCUAAAUUCUGAGUGGUGCAGGUAAAAAUUUAUCUGUUGCAGAUAAUUUACAAUAUUUCCUGCACUGGUGUAUGUACAUGUAUGCAGAAAAAGGUAUUUGAGCCCUAAAAUUGUAUACAUAUGUGUGUGAUGGCCAAACUUUAAUCGGUUCCUAACACGUAGGACAGUCCUCUUUAAUAGUCAUGAAAUUUCAGUAUUAUUGUUGUGUUUUUUCUCUCUUCAAUGAUGUAGAUUCCAUAGAAUUGAUGAAAUAGUUGUUUGCACACAAAUCUCCUUAUUUACAUAUGUGAUAAUAUGAAUGGUUGAUGAUGAUUUAGAUCACAAAUACAUGUACAUGUAGUUGAUGUUGAUGUUGGAAGUCUUUCUGUUCUUAUAUUGGUUUGUGGUGGUGAAGUUUCCAUAUAGGUAGUAUGGCUCAAUAUUCGAGUAUGAAUGAAACCCCAUCAAACAUGUUACAUGAUGUUAUGUAGGAUGUUGAAAUGACUUAUUCAGAAUUAUGAAAUUGAGCAUUAGGUUAUGAUGGAAGAGCUGAUUUAUUUGAUAAUGUGUCUCAUGUAAGAAAUGUAUGAUAAUAAUAUGUGUGUUGUAGGUACGUCCAUAUCAUCUUGAUUUGUGGACAAGAUAUGACAUACCUGUAGAGAACUUACAAACGUAAUAAAAAUGAUAAUGAGCAAGCCCUUUCUCAC